AAGGCUAGUUCCAGCUGUUUUGCACUGCGGCCCCUAGUCGUUCCACAAUUUCCCCCCUCGCCUGCUCGCCACCAUUUCGCUUGAAGCCGAGCGAAUUCCCCUCGCAUCCACACUACACGCCGGCGAGGUCAGCGAGCGGAAGAGGCGCCCCGCGUCCAAUGGCUGGCGACGGCGAGGAGGAGAGGGAGGGGAAGAGGCGACGGGAGAUGAUCGAGGAGGAGAGGGAGGGGAAGAGGCGAAGGGGGAUGAUCAGAGAUGGUUCCCCUUCACCCUCGCCCGACGCGAACCCUGAGCAAGCAGCGGAAGCGGUUGAAGCGAAGGGAAAUCGAGGGGUCGCUAGUUCUUCAUCUCGGGCAGGUCUUCUUUUGCCCAAUUACGAGUUCGGAUGGCAUAUAUGCUUGUUCGUAGGCAGCAACCGCAAUGUUGACAUUAUGGCCUCAGUUCGCUCUCAAUACCGAAGAACAUGUUCUCUCUGUGCCAUUCUAAGUACUGCCGAGCAAGACAUCCUCAGAAACUUAGCUCUCGAAGAGCCCGACCGGCAGCCAGACAUCUAUUUUGAUUGUGACACAUAUCAAGUUCAGUAUGAGAUCGAUGUAGGUGCUGAAUAUGGUAGGGAAGCCUUCUCCAGCAUACAAGACAGGCCGGUACGGUUACUAAACAUCUUCCAGAGAGAUGGAGUGAGGGCAUACUCCAGGUCAAGAGAAUGGUCUGGUGGGAAGAUGAUUAAGAUCUCAAAUGUCAGGUGGUAUACAUAUCUGACAUUUCGUGACUUCGAGAAUAUUAUAGCCAAUGGCCGUCCAAUUGUUGGUGGUUUCCCGAUUGGUGAUGAGUUCGAGAAUCUAGGCCCGGAAGAAAUCUAUGAAUUCAGCCCAGUCCAUAUAGUAAGACAGCCAGCUGGUUUUCACAUGGUUUUAUUUGUUGGUACCGGCAGCAAAGACGGAAGAGAGUUUGUAGCUUUCUUGAACUCCAAGGGAGACCGUUUUGGGAAGAAAGGUGUCGGUAAAGUAUAUUUCGAUCAACUUAUCAGGUGUUUUUACACAUUAGAGUGCCGUGCUCCGCCACCACCUCUUCCCUCUGGCAGUUCAGACCUUGUGGUCGCUGGCCCUGGUGAUAAUGAUGAUACCCUGGGUUCAUCUGGUACUGCCUCUGAUGUCAACAACAUGUCGAGCUUCUCCAAUGCCCCUGAUGGCGAUAAUGCCCAGAGCUCUACUUCUCCCACUCAAAGUUUGUCCCAGGCUGGCAAAAGUAACAAAUACGACGAUGAUCCAGUCUCUUCUUCUUGUGCCAUUGAAACAGAGAGACAAGUCACUCGUGUUGAUGGUUGGGCUCCAACUGCACCAGCGGUGCUGAAUGAGGAUGUCCAAACCGGCAGAUGUGCACUUGUUGUAAAGGCUGAAAGGAUGUUAAAAGAACUCAAAGGUGCUCUCCCUGUAUUUCUCUUUUGUGUUUUAACACAGAGGAGGAACUGUGAUAUUUAUGGGCCAUGGAGGAAGAAGAAACUUCAUGAGAUGGGUUUUGUUCCUAGUAAUAAGAUGAAUGGUCUGUAUUUUACCAAUGUUCUUCUCAAGAUCAGUGAUAAGCAUGUUAGGUCCAGAUGUUGGCCAAUGAUACCAAGGUACAUGGCAUCUAUCUCGACUCAGUUUCCGAAGGUAGAGAGGAUCAAUUCUGUUUUUAAGCAACUGGGUGAUGGAAGUGAUGAUGCUAUCAUAAACAGAAGGGAUGGAGUGAGCGGAUCUCAAUUUAGCCAAGUAUUGAGUGCCAAGCUUAAUCAAGUUAUAAAGGCUUACCAUAAUAUGGUUCAGCGGGAGCUUUCAACGAUCAUCAUUGAUCAAAGAAAUUACCACAUGGAAAUCUUACAAGCUGAUGCACCAGAUAAUGUUCCAUCUGGUCUCCAAGAACCAAAAGGGACGAAAGCACAAACAGAAAAUAUCAUCAUCUGGUCCAGCUAAUAGCUUGCAUACUACGAAUACUACUGGCCCCUUCCCCAGCUUGGCAUCCUCAACCCCUUCCACAGAUACUCCAGGAGACAACAUAUCAAUGUCAUCGAUGCAUCAUAAUGCCAGUAUAUCGUAUCACUUAGCUGUUUCUGGUGCUGAUGCCCUAGGGACUAGGGAAUCGCCAACAAACUACAUUGUUGACAUGGAUAAUUUUCUGGAGAAUGACUGUUUGGAAGAUAAGGUGGAUUCGUUCUUGUCACGUGAUGAUGCUGAAGGUUCGAGAGAUCCUCGAAGUCAUUGUAUGGCUUCUACU